UCCUGGCCCUCCUCGCCCUCCCCUCCCUCUCCCCCCACCCUCGCCUCCCGCCCUGUCGGGCCCGGGGGGGGCGCGGGGGGGGCAUGCCCCGAGUGAAGACCUCGGACGUGGCGGAUGCCGAGACGCAGAGCUGCACCUUUGCCGACCUGUCGCUGUCGGAGCCGCUGUGCAGGAGAGCCUGCGGGAGAUGGGCUGCGAGCACCCGUCGCCGGUGCAGCUGAAGACCAUCCCUGCCGCCACGGCCGGCAGCGACGUCAUCGUCCAGGCCAAGAGCGGCACGGGGAAGACGAUAGCCUUCUGCGCCGUGGUCCUCGAGAGCAUCGACGCCUCCCGCAGCGACGCCACGCAGGCGAUGAUCCUCGCGCCCACGCGCGAGAUCGCCAUGCAGGUCGCUGACGAGCUCAGCCGUCUCAGCUGGUACUUCGUGCCCGCCGUCUCCGUCGCGCUGUUCAUAGGCGGCGUCGCCGUGGAGGAGGACGAGGCUCGAAUACAGCAGGGCCUCCCCCACGUCGCCGUCGGCACGCCCGGCCGGACCCUGAAGCUGCUACGGGAGGGGCAGCUGGCCACGGACCUGCGCGUCCUGGUCCUGGACGAGGCGGACAAGCUACUGGACGUGAAGUUUCGCCACGACAUCACGGCGAUCACCGAGCUGGCCUGGGGUCCGCGCCUGCAGUUCCUGGCCCUCUCGGCCACCUUCCCGCCGCCGCUGAUCGACGCCGCGGAGCAGCUCUUCGUCCACGUGGAGAAGCAGCGCUCCACCGGCGGGCCGGUCAUGCGGGACCUGCCGCAGAAGGUCAUGCUGUGCACCUCGGCCGUGAAGAAGGGCCGAGACGGCCGCGCGCUGGCCGCCGGAGACCGCGAUGCGCUGGGCACGGACGAGGUUUUGGAGAGCGCCGUUCUGAAGGGCGUGGUGCACUUCCGCUACGUCGUGCGGGGCUACCACGUCCGCCAGAAGGUGCCGGCACUGCUGGAGAUCCUGACCACCGCGGCGUACCAGCAGGCGUUUGUCUUCUGCAGGGACACGGACUCCGCGGUGCAGAUCGCCGAGAUGGUGAGCCAGGCCGGCGUGCCCGCGGUGGCCAGCAGCGGCCGCAUGGAACAGGCUUGGCGCACCGCCGCCUUCACAGGGCUCAAGCGCUGCGAGUACCGCGUGCUCGUGUGCACGGACCUCCUCGCUCGAGGGGUGGACGUCGACAACGUCGAUGUGGUUGUGAACCUCGACCUGCCAACAGAAAAGGAGACCUACCUGCACAGGGUGGGCAGGACCGCGAGGUUUGGCUCCAUCGGCUGGAGCGUAUCGCUGGUCUUCGAAGGGGACGAGGACGAGCAUCUGCGGUACUUCCAGAUGCAGCUCGGCUUCGGCCUUGCCGAGUAUGCCGACCGCGACACCACCCUCGCCGCGCACGCGGAGCAGCUCGGUGUCGCGGAUCCCCUGCGAGACCAGGGGGCACAGCUGCAGCCCCCAGCCGUGGCUGCCAACCGAGCCCCCGUGGCCCCCGGCUUCCUCAACCUCGCUGCCCUAGAGGCCGGCAGCCCGCUGCAGGUCCUGGACGAUGCCGGCGCGGUGCUCCAGGCCUGCCGGGACGCCGGCGUCGGGACCGAGAACGACAACCAGCGCGUCAUGGCGCUGGGCCAGGUGGUGACGGUGCUGCAGACAGACCCCAGCGACGACACCGUCAAGUGCGCCGUGCCGUCGAUCGGCAGCGUGUGGUUCCCACUGGCGGCGCUGGCGCCGGCCGCCGACGCCUGCGGGGGCGGCGGGGCCAAGGCCGCCGCAGAGCGCCAGGAGGCCCCCG